AUGAAUUACUGUUAUGUUAGUCAAGCUAUGGUAGAAUAUACGCCAGUGAUUAUUUUUCUUGCCAUAUUUGUUGCUGUACCUUUGCAAUUUCUUUUAUCACCGUCAUCAACAUCUGACGUCAGAUAUCAUUUGCAUAAAUUAAGAAAUUCAUUGUCACAUUUCUCUCGAUCGUUUUUACACAGAGAAGAGGAAAUAGAUGAAGUUACUGAUAUAUCAGAAGACGAGAAAGAAACUAAAUAUUUUGGUGGUUCUCUUGAACCACGAGAUCCACGACCUCCUUAUAUAAAAUAUCGUGUUGGGGAUGUGGUUCGUCAUAAAAUUCAUGGAUAUAGAGGUGUUAUCAUUGGCUGGGAUGAGAAAGCGGUUGCGCCACAAAGUUGGCUAGAUAAGACACAUAAAGGCCGAAAGGAUUGGUCAGAAAUGCCGAAUUAUUCGGUAAUAAUCGACACUAGGGAUAGACUAAUUCCACAGUUGGCUUACGUUGUUGAAGAGAAUAUCGAACUCGGAGAAGGAAGGAUAUUUCAUCCACUUGUAAAGAAUUAUUUCGAAGCAUUCGAUGGGAAGCAUUAUACAUCUCGACCAUGGCAUAAAAAAGUUUAUCCCAAUGAUUGA